AUGGCAUGCAUUCUCCUCUAUAGCCGAGUUGCGCCGUCUUCAUAUAGGCAUACCAGGACAUGCGUCUGCAUAUUUUCCCUAUCUCUAUCACUAUCAUAUAUAUGCUACUGUCUCUUAUUUUCUUCUGAUGCUAUCAUGCAAAAACCAAGUGAUCCAACGCAGAACUGCCUGCGCCUCAGGAGUGAUGGAGGCAAAGAACUUCAGCAAAAAUCUCCUUACUGCACUUUGCCAUUGGACGCGAGAGCGACAAGGGAAAUAUCUCUACAUGAAGCAAACCAAAGCAACGCCUCGGUUAAUCACAACAUAGUUCGGAAUUUCACAUCAGACCGUCCUACCACUAACAACAUGGGCAGUGGGAAGUUCGGGAAUAAGAAGUUGCCAAAUGCCAUCAUUGUCGGUGUUAAAAAGGGCGGCACAAGAGCGGUCUUGGAGUUUAUAAGAAUCCAUCCGGACGUACGGGCGGUCGGCACAGAAACGCAUUUUUUCGACAGGAACUAUGACCGUGGACUAGACUGGUACAGAUGCCUGAUGCCACGGACUAUGGAGAGCCAGAUCACCAUGGAGAAGACGCCCAGCUACUUUGUAACAAGGGAGACACCUCGCCGGAUCUCCGCCAUGUCCCGGGACACCAAGCUGAUCGUGGUGGUGCGCGACCCUGUCACCCGGGUCAUCUCUGACUACACGCAGACCCUGUCCAAGACACCUGACAUUCCCAGCUUCCAGGAUCUGGCCUUCCAGAACCAGAGUUUAGGAUUGGUUGACACGUCUUGGAAUGCCAUCCGCAUCGGCAUGUACGCACUGCACCUGGAAAACUGGCUCCGCUACUUCCCCCUGUCCCAGAUCCACUUCGUCAACGGGGAGCGGCUCAUCACGGACCCGGCUGGAGAACUGGCGCGGGUGCAGGACUUCCUGGGUCUGAAACGCAUCGUCACAGACAAACAUUUCUACUUCAACAGGACCAAAGGAUUCCCCUGCCUGAAGAAACCAGAGAGCAGCAGCUCACCCCGCUGCCUGGGCAAGUCUAAAGGUAGAACCCACAUUCAGAUAGAUCACGACACUAUCGAGCAGCUACGGGACUUCUACAGGCCAUACAAUGUCAAGUUUUACGAAAUGGUGGGUCAAGAUUUUAGAUGGGAAUAGAGAUUUGUGGGGAAGUCCGCAGUUUACAAGUGGCACAAGGAGAGACAAGAUGUCAUCCAUGAAUGUACGCACAGUUUAAUAAUUUUUUGGGGGGUGUGGUUCUAUGGACCUCCUGUUUGGCUGUUGGUAAUAGUGUGGCUCUAGCUAAAGUCGUGGGUCCAAGUCUCGAAGGGAUCACAUACACAUAUUUAAAAAAUAUGUACAGUGCAUUCGGAAAGUAUUCAGACCCCUUCCAACAAGACAACGAC